UUUCAAUCUAAACGCUGCUGUAGUUAACAACUCGCCAACCGUGGGCAGUAAGGUUGUAACAUAAGCGUGAAACGGUCACUGAAAUGUAUCAAUAUUUUAAUGCAUUUGCACUUGUCGCGUUUAUUUCGAUUUCAACACCCUCACUGAGCCAAGUGCUUGAGGCACAACCCAUCAACAGCAGUCCCACUGCAGCGCCACUUGGCUGUCAUCAGCGUCUCUACACAUACCGCAUCACACAAGCUGACGCACAGGGACGCGAGUGUUGGGAUUAUGUAAGCGUACGCUCGUGUUGGGGUCGCUGUGACUCUAGUGAGAUUUCCGAUUGGAAAUUUCCAUAUAAACGCUCAUUUCACCCCGUUUGUGUGCAUGCUACGCGCCAACCAGCUGUAGCGGUGUUGAGGAAUUGUCACCCGGAAGCCAGUGAGGAAGCGCGUCGCUAUGAGUACAUGGAAGCGGGCAGCUGCCAUUGUCACACAUGUUCCACUUUGGAUACCAGUUGCGAAGCGCCAGUUAACAAUAUAUUGGACGAAAGAUCCGGUGUGAAGGUGUUGGCGCUUACUGGAUCCGAUUCCGAUGCUUUGGAUUAUUAAAUUUCAUUUUGGUGAAUUACAUCUGCUUAUCAGUUAUUAUAAGGUUAUCAGUUGAGGGCAGCGAUGCAGGGCUUUCAUAAGAAAUAUUUAUAUUUGUAAAAAAUGUGUGCUGUAAUAAUUAUUGUAUAUGUAUGUACAUUCAGCAAAUAAAACUCAAUAAGUUUUAAAUACA